CCCAAAUCUAAUUUUAGACUUAUGAACGUGUGUGUAAGCUUUCUAGAGUUUUCUCAUUUUAUAAAUAGAUUUCUAAAAUUAUAGAAGCUGUAUUUACAAUGUGUUCUAAAUCUGAAGAAGCUCAGGAUUAUAAAAAUAAGGGAAAUGAAUAUUAUCAAAAAGGCGAUAUUGAUAAUGCAAUAAGUUUCUAUACUAAAGCUGUACAAUUAGCCGAUGCCAAUAGUUUUGAUUUAGCAUUAUUUUUGAAGAACCGAGCGGCUGCUUAUCUAAAAAAAGAAAACUAUGAAAAAGCAUUAGAGGAUUGUGUUGCUGCUCUGGUUAUUACCCCCACAGACCCCAAAAUAUUAUUCAGAAGUUGUACAUCAUUAGAAGCAUUGGGUAGAUAUGAAGAAGCUUAUCGCGAUGCUAGGGCAGUUUUAAAGUCUGAUCCUUCUAAUAAAGCUGUGGUACCUGUUUUAGAACGAUUGCACAAGAAAGUUCAAGAAAGAGCUAUCUACAAUGCUCAAAAAACCAAUAAAGCUACAAAAAUGUUUGAUUUGGCUUUUGAUUUAAACAAUGUACUCGACAAGCGACAGAGCGCUAUUAAUAACAUACUUGUGCUCGUACGUGAGAAAGGAGGUGCAGAAGUAUUGGCUGAAAUGGGGAUUGUUCAAAAAAUGAGGUCCUUGUUGAAAGUUGAAAAGGAUCAUGAAAUUAUUGUUAAUAGCAUUCGCAUCAUUGGUGAAUUGUGCCAAAAUUCUAUUGAAAGAACUCAAAAAGUUCUUGAAGUAUUAGGGAUUCCUUGGUUUUUAGAUAUAUUAAAUUGUAGAAAAGAAGAUCAAAUUAUGGCCUCGCAAACAUGCAUGCAAACCAUCUUAAACACAUUUUCAGGACUGCAGAAUAAAGAAGAUUCAAAGCCUGAUCAAGCACUGUGUGAAAAAUAUAAAUCUGAAAUUGAUACUCUGCUCACAUGUCUCGUUUAUUCAAUAACAAAUCGCAUCAUUUCAGGAAUGGCAAGGGAUGCCAUUAUAGAGUUAAUAAUAAGGAAUGUGCAUUACACAACGCUUAACUGGGCUGAACGUCUAGUUGAAAUAAAAGGUUUGGAACGUCUUAUGGAAGUGACUAGUGAACUAGAAGAAUACAAAUAUGAAAGUUGUAUGGAAAUAACUCCAUCGUCAAGAACUAUUGCUGCUGUAUGUUUGUCCAGAGUUUAUGAAAAUAUGUAUUAUGAUGAAGCUAGACAAAGAUUCAUGUCUCACAUAGAUGAAUUCAUCAAAGAAAAAUUAUUAAUACCUGACAUUGAAUCAAAAGUGCGUGUUACUGUAUCAAUUACUUCAUUACUUCAAGGUCCACUAGAUGUAGGAAAUCAGGUUAUUUCAAAGGAAGGUAUUUUGGAAAUGAUUAUUGUAAUGGCUGGUUCUGAUGAUAAAUUACAACAGAAAGUAGCAUGUGAGUGCUUAGUAGCUGCAGCUUCUAAGAAAGAUAAGGCCAAAGCGAUUAUUGAUCAAGGCAUUAAUAUUUUAAAACGUCUUUAUCAGAGUAAAGAUGACAGCAUACGAGUGCGAGCAUUGGUUGGUUUAUGUAAGCUUGGCAGUUCGGGCGGUAGUGACGCUUCUAUAAGACCGUUUGCAGAUGGUGCUACAUCCAAACUUGCAGAAGCUUGCCGCAAAUUCUUAGUAAAUCCUGGAAAAGAUAUGGAUAUGAGAAAAUGGGCUGCUGAAGGUUUAUCCUAUUUGACAUUGGAUGCCGAUGUUAAAGAAAUGUUUGUAUCUGAUAAACCAGCCUUACAAGCUAUGAUAGAGUUAGCAAAAACCGGAAAUCAAUCUGUUCUGUAUGGUGUUGUAACAACUUUUGUAAAUUUAUGCAAUGCAUAUGAUAAACAAGAGUUAGUUCCUGAACUUGUAGAACUUGCCAAAUUUGCUAAACAUCACAUACCUGAAGAACAUGAAUUAGACGACAUUGAUUUUGUUAACAAACGAUUGUCAAUUCUAGCAAAUGAAGGAGUAACUACAGCUCUAGUGGCACUAUCGAAAACGGAAAGUGAUAACUCUAAAGAACUAAUUGCUAGGGUGUUCAAUGCAAUAUGCAGUCAGCAGGAGUUGAGAGGUAUUGUAGUUCAACAAGGUGGUACAAAAGUACUCUUACCAAUGGCAUUAAAAGGAACUGCUAAUGGCAAACGGCAAGCUGCUCAAGCAUUGGCUAGAAUUGGUAUCACAAUUAAUCCAGAAGUAGCAUAUCCGGGGCAAAGAAAUUUAGAAGUGAUUCGACCUUUAUUAAGUCUUCUACAUCCAGAUUGUUUAGCAUUAGAAAAUUUUGAAUCUUUAAUGGCUUUGUGCAAUUUGGCUGCUACCAAUGAAGCAAUCAGACAGCGCAUAUUAAAAGAAGGUGGUUUAUCUAGAAUCGAGGCAAUGCUUUUUGAAGAUCACAUGAUGAUUACAAGAGCUGCGACACAGGUACUUACUAAUAUGGUCAUGUCACCAGAUGUUGUGAAGAUUUAUGAAGGUGAAAACGAUCGCACCAAAUUCUUAUUUCUUUUGGGCCUGGAGGAGGAUGAAGCAACAAGUGAGGCGGCUGCAGGUGCAAUUGCUAUGCUCACUAGUGAGAGUGAAAUUUGUUGCAGGAAAUUGUUUGAGCCUACACAAUGGCUGGACGUAUUUCACUGUUUACUGGCUAAUCCUAAUCCUGGUAUACAGCAUAGAGGUUUAUUUAUUGUACAAAAUAUUAUUAGAAAUGAUAAAACCAGCGCUGAGAAGCUGUUUGCUGCUGACAUUUUGGAAAUACUAAUGGCUUUAUCAAAAAUGGAAAUACCAAAUGGUGAAAGUAAACAAGCAGUAGUAAAAUCUUUUGCUGACAAAUGCUUAAAAGAUGCCGAAGCAGCUGGUUUCAUUAGAAAACCCACAAAUGAAGAAUUAAAUUCUACUGAACAAGAAAACAUUGAUGAUAAUUGAUUUAUUGAUCAAUCAUGCA